AUGCCACCAACCUAUAACCCCUCCGGUCGCAAAUUCGUAUUCACCCUCCACAACUGGACUAACACCGAUUGGAGUUAUCUAAAAAACCUCUGCGAGACCCGCGAUGACCUCACCUUUAUGAAGGUCGCACAAGAGAACGGAAAAGAAGAAUCCCCACACCUCCAAGGGUGCGUCGUCUUCGACCGCAACUUCAAACAGAGAGAGUCAAAAGUAUCUAAAAUUCUAAUGGGUCCGAAUAAGGACACAGCCCUUCCAGACCCUAACAAACCCGGCCAACCCCUAGGCCACCACUACCACGUAAAAGUAAUGCAAGGCACCUUCAAACAGGCAGCUGACUAUUGCGGCAACCUAGAUAAGGAAGGUGAAUGCCCCAUAUAUGUCUAUGGUACACUACCUGACUCCGUCCAAGGUGAACGCACAGACUUCAAGGCAGCUCAAACAAUCAUAAAGGAGAAGGCAAAGGCAGGCUGUAAGCUUGUUGGUCCGGAUGGCAUAUCAGAGCUCCUUCCCCGUUUCUGGGCACAGCACGAACAGUGGGUGCGCAGUCUUUACACCCGUUACUUGGAAUCCGGAACUAAUUUCUUUGAAAACAACACCCUGUUCAAAUGGCAACAAGACCUAGUAUCCUACCUCAAUGACCACGAUCCCGAUCCCCGUAAGAUUCUGUUCAUCGUCGAUGAAAAAGGCAACGGAGGCAAAUCUGAAUUAGUUAGAAACAAGAAGUGGCUGUUUCCCGGCAAAGAUGUAUUCACCAUCCCCCCAAAAGACACAGUGUCAAUGGCCUCACUAUUCCCUGAUAACGGAACGGAUAUCGUCCUCUUUGAUUGCCCCCGCAAGAAGCAACACGAUCUUGCUUAUGAUUUCCUAGAAAACCUCAAAGACGGCAGAAUCGUCCAAACCAAAUACCAACCAAUCACCAAAACCUUCCCUAUUCCCCACGUUGUCAUCCUCAUGAAUCGUAUACCAAGACUAGGUAAAUCAUACCUGUCUGCGGACCGCUACAUCAUCAAAGAAAUUGAAUUAGAACCCGAAGAAAGUGCCAAACUUGAAGCACAACAAGCAGAUACCCUCCAGACUAUCUGA